AUGAAAAAUAAAGCUAACUCUUAAAUCCCAUUUCCAAUAGCCUAUAAUAAAAUGAACCAUUUCCAAUUGCCAUUACUUGGAAAGAAGAAAAGAAAAGCUCAUACUAAAAAUCCUUUUAAAACAAAAAUAUACUAUAUACCUGAUGACACUGUUAUGAGAGUAAAAUGUUUAGACGGUUUCUUAAUGAUAAAUGUAACUAAUAAUGACAAUCCACAUGAAAUUAUUAGAGCUAAUUUAUCAAGUUUAGUAUUUGUAUAACAUAUUUAGGACUACGUAUAUAAAGUAGUAAACCUGAAGAUUUUUAAUAUUUUCUAAAUUUGUAAGAUUUAGAUGUUUCUGAGAAUUAAUUACAAUUAGAAGAUUUAACAUCAUUUCCAGCUUUGAAAAUUUUAAAGAUUUGUGCAAACAACAUUAAAAAUAUUGAAAUUACUCAUAAGAAUACAUUUGAAUAAUUAUAACAUCUUGAUUUAUCAUUUAAUUAUUUAACAAAAGAAGCUAUAAGUUCAUUAAAACAUAUUACAGAAUUAAAGGAAUUAUAUUUAGUUAGAAAUGAAUUACUUGAAUUGCCAACAGAUAUGGCAGAAUUUACAAAAUUAGAAUUAUUAGAUAUAAGUGAUAAUGCAUUUUAAUCUAAUUAAACAGCAUCAGUUUUAUGGGAAGUGUUAGGAUAGAUACCUGAACUUAAAACAUUAAAUAUAAGUAAGAAUUUUUUAAGAGGUAUUCAUACUGAAAGAUUGGUUGUUGGAUAUUUUAAUAAAUUAGAAACUUUAGAUUUUUCUUAUAAUAUUGCUGAAAAUUAACAUAAUCUAAUAUGUGCCCGUAAUUUUACUAAUCUUAAAAAAAUUAUUAUUACAGGAAAUCCAUUUGGAAUUACAAGAGAUCAUUAAGGUUUGGAAAUGGAAAUCCAUGCUAGAACAGGUGGUAUUUUAAUUAAUGAAGAAAUUGAAAAGUCUUAUCUUAAAAAACCUAAGGUUAAGAAACCUCCUUGUAAAUUUGAAUAAUUAAAAAGAGUUGAAAAUGAUAUUCUUAAAUUACCAGCUAUUGAAUAAUCUAAAGAUGGAUUCUUAUUAUAAAAUGAAGAAGAAUAAUCAUAAAUAGAUGAGAAUUAAGAAGAUAAUAUGUUUGUAACUGAAAAUUAAUAAAUUAAAUAAUAAUAAUAAAAAAUAUAGUAAUAAUAUUAAUUAUUAAAUAAUAAUUAAAAACCAUAAUCAUAUGAAGAAUUUAAAAAAUUAGCUUAAGAAAUAUUAGGUGAUAGUAAAGAAUAUGAUUAAAAUUAAAAUACUUCUGGAAGACCAGUAUUAGAUUUAACUAAAGCAUAUCAAUAAUUAAAAAGUGUUAUAAAUAAACCAGAAGUUGUAGAUUAUGAAGAUUAUAAAGAACCUAAUUAUAUGAAACCUACAGCAAGUAUUCCAAGAUAUAAAUAUUAAUGUAAAUAUAUAUAUAUAUUAUAUUUAUAAUAGAAGUUGAUGAUCCAGAAGAUGAAAGCAUUUAAAAAAGAACUGACAAUAAUAUUAAUUCUGAAGAAAAUGAAGACUUUAAUCUUGAAUUAUUAUAGUAAGGGUAAAACUAACCACAUAUUUAAUAAUGA